AUAAAGGUGAAGAGGAAGUGGUACAGAAAAGGGUGGAGCCAACAGGUGAGUUUCAAAGCAGAGCGACAUGAGGAAAGAGCAGGGCAACAGAACAGAGAGAGACUGACAGAAAGAAAAGCUGGUGGAUGCCAAAUAUCAAACGCCGGAGUUAUGGGGAUUAUAGAGCAAUGGACGCUGACAGAGAACCGCUAAUAUCAAACCUCAAGUGAUUCUCAUUCUGAGAAGCAGCACAGAGGCAGUGGAUGCCUGGGACAUAAUACCAUUAACAAACACAUUGAGUCACUCAGCCUAACACAAGGAGCAUGCCACGAUGUCAUCUAAUGCUAAUUCCAGUGACGAGUGUCAACCAACCGACAGAAUCUGUGUGAUCACACUGCACGAACAGGAACUGAUCAUUGUGCCGGUCCUGUUCCUCGCCUUCUUCCUGGUCGUCAUGCUGAUCGUGCUCCUGCUGAGGUACUGCCCGAAGAGGAAGGACAGCAAAGGACCCGGCGUAACCCGAGCCCGUCCACACGGCAACGGCAGGUCAAGCAGACGCACGGAGAGGCAGAGCGCCAGACAGAACCUCCAGGGCAUAGAGGCUCCCGUGGAGCUGAACCCACUGGAGCAUGAGUUACCUUGGAGCGCUCCAACCAGGCCCGACGCACAAGUAACCGUGGCCGCGGAACCGCGGCCGCUCGGCACAUUCAACCUGGUCACUCCGGUGCCCAUCUCCUUCUCUGUCAAAGCUAACGACGCGGUCACGCUCUACCGAGCGAGGUCAAAUAACAGAAACGUGAUUCUACGAACUCUUAAGGAGCCAGAAAAUCCCAGCGAGCGCCAGUCCUUCCUGGGGUUUGCCUCCUUCCUGUCUGAGCUGGGGCCCCACCCCUUCCUGCCUGGCCUGUUGGGCGUGGUCUCGCUGCGUUCUCCCCUCAUCAUUGUGAUGGAGGAACUGGAGCACAGGGAUCUGCUGGGGUUCCUGUGGCGGUGUCGACAGGGCACAGACAGUGAGCACCCAUGUGACAUCACUGAGAAACAAAUCUUCAUCAUGGCCGGACAAGUGGCUUCUGCUCUGGAAUACCUGCAUGGUAGGAGCUGUAUCCAUGGUAACGUUGGAGCUCGGAGCGUGCUGGUUGGCCGAGGCCUGACGGCUAAGUUGUGGGGAUUGGGUCCGGCUUACCGCAGGAAAACACAGGCGGGAAGCCCCAGAGAGCUGGAGGACUUUGAGAUGAGGAAGUGGCAGGCCCCUGAAGUACUGGGCAGGAGAUUUGUCAGUCAAAGCAGUGACAUCUGGUCUUUUGGUAUCCUACUCCAUGAAAUGGUCACGUUAGGUGACCCACCAUUCCCUAAAAUCAUGGCCAGCGAUCUUCUUCAAUUCCUACAGAGGGGGAAGACUCUGAAGAGAGCGGCUAAUUGUUCCAACUCAAUGUAUUCCAUUAUCAAGGCCUGCGGCCAGUUCGCACCACACGAGCGCCCUGCAUUUGCUGAGCUGAUCCGGAAGCUCCAAUCGGGAGAGAAAAGUGCCAGCGAUAAGACAGUACUUCGGGUGCAUGAGCCACUGGACAUCGAGAAGUACAUGCGUGAGGCGGGAUAUGGAGAUGCCUACAAUUACGCCGUUCUCUGAGAGGCUCCUGGACUUACCUACGUUCAGGGUUGCUUUUCCCACAUUAUGAUGAAGCCGACUGAUAAAUACUCACAAUCUCACAAAAGCGAGUUCACCCCUCACAUUAUUGUAAAUAUUGGAUUGUAUCAUUUCAUGUGACAACACUGAAGAAAUGACACUUUGCUACAAU